AAAUCCUUGUAAAACCUUCGGUUACUGAACUACACGGGAACAUUCACUUCCGGAGCGGAGGUCAGUGUGUCCAAGAUGGCGGGCGGGAGCUGGUGUCUCUGUGAGUUACUGAGGUUUAUGUUUUCGCUGAUCAUUCCUACGCUUUUCGUAACUGCUGGCUUAUCAUUUAUCCUUGCUGCUAUUUUAUUGUAUAUUCGAUUCUGGAUCUGCCCAAAGAAGAAAAUACUACAAACUUCAGGAAAAAAUGGCAAGAGACGACUAGUGGUGGCGUUCUUUCACCCAUACUGUAAUGCUGGGGGUGGAGGAGAAAGGGUAUUAUGGUGCGCAAUAAGAGCUUUACAGAAGAGCUAUGAAGAUAUUUUAGUGAUUAUUUAUACUGGAGAUCAAGAUACCACAGAUGAAGAAAUUCUGAAUGGAGCUUAUAGACACUUUAAUAUCAAACUUCUCCAACCUGUUCAGUUCGUUUUCCUUGAAAAACGAUAUUUUGUUGAAGCUAAGCUUUAUCCAUAUUUCACUCUGCUAGGUCAAAGUCUGGGAUCUAUUUUCCUUGGAUGGGAGGCCCUUAUGAAAUGUGUUCCAGAUAUCUUUAUAGAUUCCAUGGGCUAUGCUUUCACACUUCCUCUCUUCAAGUAUUUGGGAGGCUGCCAAGUUGGCUGCUAUGUUCAUUACCCUACAAUUAGCACAGACAUGCUGUCUGUGGUGAGGGACAGGAAUCCAAGGUUUAACAAUGCAGAUUUUAUAUCGACAAAUCCCGUACUGAGCAAUCUCAAACUUGUAUACUAUUACAUCUUCGCUUGGAUGUAUGGAUUUGUUGGUUCUUGCAGUGACAUUAUAAUGGUAAAUUCCACAUGGACUCUGAAUCAUAUCCUUGCUCUUUGGAAAGCUGGUGACCGAACCCAUGUUGUCUACCCACCCUGUGAUGUACAGACAUUCCUGAAUAUUCCAUUAGUGGAUGACACUAAAAAGACAGAACAUUCCAUUGUCUCAAUUGGCCAGUUUCGGCCGGAGAAAGACCAUCCUCUACAAAUCAAAGCCUUCUAUCAGUUCCUUCAGAUGAAGAGUGCUCAGAAGUCAGCUGUGAAGUUAAUAUUGAUUGGCGGUUGCCGCAAUGCAGAUGACAAAGUGCGAGUAGCUGCUCUAAAAGAACUGUGCAAAAAUUUGGGAGUUAUGGAAAAUGUUGAGUUUAAGAUUAACAUUUCAUUUGAAGAACUUAAGAAACAUCUAGCUGAAGCCGCUAUUGGACUGCAUACAAUGUGGAAUGAACAUUUUGGUAUAGGGGUGGUUGAAUGCAUGGCAGCAGGAACUGUUAUUCUGGCCCAUAAUUCAGGAGGCCCCAAGCUGGACAUAGUAGUACCACAUAAUGGAGUUCAGACGGGUUUCCUAGCAGACAGCGAAGAAAGUUAUGCAGAUGCUAUGAAGAACAUUCUAUCACUGUCACCUGAAAAGAGACUGGAGAUCAGGAAGAACGCUCGACAGUCUGUGAGCAGAUUCUCCGACCAGGAGUUUGAAACAUCAUUUAUAUCUGCCGUAGAACUAUUUUUUUAACGGAAGAUAAUUUAUAAUUAUUGAACUACGUAAAUAAAUGUAAACAAUUUUCCCUCCCCUUGGACGGAGGGAAGAGGGAUACAAGGUAUUGUAUGCGUUUAUUGGUGUAUAUUUGAAAGAUUUAUAAUGCUGUAUUGAACCUCUGUUAUAAAAGCUUAUAAAGCAAA